AUGACACUUGUGACACAGAGGGAUCAUGAUGAUGAUUUUAUUGAGCCUCCACCCAAGAGGGUCAGACCUGAUGCUGUCUCGCCAACCGCCGCAGCUUCCGAAGCUUCGGCUCCCAAGACGGCUCCUACGGCGCAAGCAUCGACUGCCUCCUCCCUUUCCAAAGGAAAAGAUGCUCCUGCUGCUGCCGCAGCUCCUCCUUCUAAUCUACGAGGUGUAAUAUCCUCUUUAGAGGCUUUCGCCUCUCAGUUCACCUCCCUGGAGGCGGACAAAAUUCGGCUGCAAGAGGAGGCUAAAUCUUCCUCUUCAAAGAUGGAUGGCGCCAUCAAAAAGGCCGCCAUGGCCCGCCAGGAGGUCGACUCCCUGAAAGAAGAGCUGAACAAGCUGAAGGAAAGGCUGAAGGAGGAGGAAGCUCGAGCGGCAGAAAAGGAUGAACUCCUUCGUCAGUCUGCCUUAGCCCUGCUUGAAGCCGCCAGCAUCCCUGCUACUGCCUUGGACAAAGUUCCAGGCAACUCCCUGGCAAAUGGUGUGUCAAUGGUUCUUGCCACCCACCAGCUUACCCGGGAGCUGCUUGACAAGGGAAAGGGUGCUCUGGCGCGGAUGCAUUCAAUGAUAUUCCCCAAGGCCAAGCAGGAGAAGACUCUGGGACAGCUGAUUGAUGCCUUCGCAGUCGACACCAAGGAGGUCAUCGAGGUAUUCAAGCGCACCUCACGUACCUAUGGUGCCCUUCUUGCCUUCCAACUUAUGAUGGGUUACGGCUUUAAGGCUGACAUCAAAGAAAUGACUAAGGAGCUGCCGAAAGAGAAAGAUGGGCGUCUUGUUAACUUAAGCGCUUUUACAGCGUCCGCCCGUACUUGUGCUCGCCAGCUCCUUGAUUUAGUUUCGUCGGGAAAGGUUUUCCCGGUGUCCUCGUUUGUUGAUGACUCUUCGGGCGUUCUUCCCGAAGGUUUGCUGUCGAUUGCCAACGCUACUGGGGACCUGGAGGCGCUGUACCCGAAGGUAUUGUUGCCUGCCAACAUAGUUGUCGACAGACUCGAGGAAGACACAAGUGUACCUGAAGAAAGAGGGACUCCACAAGGGUGA